AUGACUGCACUAUCCUUACAUGAAGACCAGAAAAAGGGCGCCACUGUCGAGACUACAGAAACUGUGUCUUCCAGCAUAUCCUCCACCUCUCUUGAUCCGAAUGAGCCAGACAAAGGCUUGAAAAGAACGUUGAAAUCGAGGCAUCUCACUAUGAUCUCUAUCGGUGGUGUUGUUGGUCAAGGUCUUUUCUUAUCUUCUGGUGCAAAUCUCGCUAAAGCUGGGCCUGCGGGAUUGUUGGUUGCUUAUUUCAUCAUUGGCUAUAUUGUAUUUUGGAUUGCUGUCGAGUUGGGCGAAAUGGCAGCCUACAUUCCAAUUUCAGGCUCAUUCACUGUGUAUUGUCGUCGCUUUGUGGAUAAAUCAUUCGGAACUGUCAUUGGAUAUAACUAUUGGGCAUGCUGGUCGAUUAUUGUAGCAGUGGAACUAACAGCCAUCCCACUGGUGAUGCGAUUUUGGACGGACAGAGUUCCAGAUUGGGCUUGGUCAGGAAUAUUCUUGGUUGUCAUGUUUGCUAUGAACCUCUACGGCGCACGAGGCUGGGGCGAAGCAGAAUAUUGGUUCAGUCUAAUCAAGAUUAUUUGUGUCGUUGUGUUUGUUAUUGUUGGAUGCUUGACUUCAGGUGGUGUCAUUGGUGGCACUGUCUACGGUUUUAAGUAUUGGAAAGAUCCUGGAGCCUUCUCCAACGGUGUUUUAGGUGUUGUUAAUGCUCUUGUAUUGGCUGCACUAAGCAUGACAGGUACUGAUAUUGUGGGCGUCUCUGCUGGUGAAUCAGCCAACCCAAGAAAGGCCAUUCCACAAGCUGUCAAGAACGUCUUUUUCAGAAUCAUCUUUAUCUAUAUUCUGUCUGUCUUCGUCAUGGGCAUGUUGAUCCCUUGGAACGAUCCCCACAACUUGAGUUUGAGUGGAAGAGAUACAUCCGUUUCGCCUUUUACCCUGGUGUUCCAAAAAGCUGGUCUUAAGGGAGCUGAUAGUGUGGUGAAUGCUGUGAUUCUCAUUACAUUCAUCUCGUGUGGUAAUAGUGGCAUGUAUGUAACUACAAGAACUCUGUGUGCACUUGCAAAUGAAGGCAUUGCGCAUCGAAAACUGGCCUAUGUCAAUAAACGUGGCGUGCCAAUUUAUUCACUGAUCUGUACAAGCGCUGUCUCUCUGGUAUGCUUUCUCACAUCGUGGAUUCCAGGUGCAGCCCUCUUUCUGGUUUUGUCUUCUUUAGCUGGCAUUGCAGGUUUGAUCACUUGGUUUGGUAUUGCUCUUUCACACUAUAGAUUCAGAAGAGCACUGAUUGUGCAGGAAAAAGAUCUCAACCAGUUACCGUACAUAGCUCCCGGACAUCCUUACAUGAACAUAUUAUCCAUGGUGGCUUGCAUUGUCAUUAUUCUCAUAUCUGGAUGGUCUUAUUUUGUGCCUGCUGAUGCAAUUGGCUUGAUAGGCUCUUACGGUGGUGCAUUGAUAGCACUGGGUGGCUAUCUUGUACUCAAGUUUUGGACGAAAUCAAAGCUGGUACCAUUAGAUCAAAUUGACCUGGAUACAGGAGUUUGUUAUUUCACGCUACAAGAGCUUGCUGCUGAAAAAGAGCAAGACAAGCACACUACGCUAUGGCAAAAGAUCAAAUCCGCAAUCAUUUAA